AUGAUGUUUUGUGACAACUCAACCCCACCGUUGUCGUCUUCUGUUUCAUCUUGCCAUCAACCAGACCAAAUGGUCCAAAAAAAAGAGAAACCUAAAUUCCGGAAUUUUUCCGGUGUCGAGGUCCAAAGCGAUAAGGACAUCAAGGAACUAAUUGAAAGAUUUGAAGAAGACCAAAAUGGCAACCCGAAGCAAGCCCACUGUGUUUUGAUGGAGUCCAUUUUUGGCCAGCAAGAGGAAACCGUCUUGAAAAUUGUGGCCUUAAAGAAUGAAAUUCUUUUUAAGGCUAUGCCUAACGGCAAGCGUUACAAAUGCCGCGAAAAGGAUACUGAGAAAUUCUUCACUACCGAUCUUCGAUGCCAGCAUUGCUUUCUUGGAAGAGGGCUUCGCUAUUUGAAUGAAAAUCCCAUUGUGUGCCACCAAUGGGAAACCCAAUUGCAUAUCCUGAUCGAAAAAUUGAAGGAAAAGUCGGGAAGAAGACCGUCCACCAACAGUCCACCAAUCACCAUGAUCACAUGUCCGAGUUUCCCCCAGAAAAACAACGAAAACACAGCGAAAAAAAGAGUUGGAUCUCCUUCUCAAAACCACGAAUCACUGAGAUGCUCUCCUCCAAAACAGGAGAGAAUUCCUGGCCAAGAAAAUUCUGUGCUCUCCGCUCCGCCGCAAACCAAAAAAGAGAAACUUCGAGCAAUGGAGCAGGAGUUAGCUCGAAAACGAAAAGCUAUGACAAAUGCACUGGGGGGACUUCGUGAAAAUUUGAAAACACAAAAAUCGUUGUUACAAAAAAUAGUCAAAAAAGAAAGCAAUUACCGACGACAGUCUUGCUAA